AUGUUAAACGAAUUAAUCCAGCUAUUUUGCAGUAAUGGUACUCAUUCUAGUGAGUUGCUUUAUAAUGCUACCUUACAAUUGAAUGAGUUCUUGGAUAAGAAAGAUGUAGUGAGAUGCUUUCCAAGAGUGUCAGAGAAUCUUGGAGAUCAAUUGGUAUAAGAUAUUGAUGGAUAAUUAAUAGCCAAAUUUGAGGAAGGCAUCCCAUUAGCUUUUCCAGGCAUAUAUUCGUGUUAAUGAGAGUUUUGAUGCUGUCCUUUCAGCAAUGCUUAGUAGAGGCCUUGUUCAUCCGAAUGUAAGAUUAUUUUAGUUAUAUAAUAUAAGUUUUUAGUAAGAUAGAAGAAUGUAAAUUCAUUACAAUCGUUGUUUUUAUCAGAAGGAUAGCAUUUAGAGGCUGGAAGUGGGAUGGUUAAGAAUAUGAUUGAGAUGUUGUUAGGGAAGUUGUGUGAUUGUAACAUAGCAGUUUGUAAGGCUACAGAAUAGGUAUGAAUGUAUUAAUAUUGAUUAGACUUUGAUAACAUUAAUAAGUUUGAAUUAAUAUAAGUAAUGUCAUGCAUAAUUGCCUAUGGGAAUUCAAUCUCAAGUGGAGCAUUUUGUAGAGUAAAUGAAAGAGACCAAUUAAAUAAGACAAGAGUUGAGAUUGAGAGAGCCAAUAUCUAAUGGAUUGCCAUUUGACAAGUUGGAAGACUUGAAAGAUACUUAGUGGUAGAUGAGAGCUGAAGCAAUAUAAAGAAUAUAUGAAGAACUAUAAGAUGUGGUCUUGACUCCAUUAUAAGUAGAGGUCUUGUUUGAGCACAUAGUAAAUUUAGUGAAUGAUCAUAACUUUAAUAUAGUGUUAACUACUUUAUAGAUUAUGUAAAGAUGUUUGUAGUUUAACAUUGUAAAGAGUAGCAACAUAGUUAAUAUAUACACUAAGUUAGGGGAUUCAAAAUCAGCUAUUAGAACUGCUGUUAGAUAAGUGUUGGUCAUGUAUUUGUAGAAAAUUGGAGAUGGAGAAUUAUUGGUUUAAAUCUUGUAGUGUCCAAACAAGAAUACUUUUUACAAAGAAGAAUCCUUAGAUCUACUCAUUGAUCUAGUCUAAAGAAAUAAGAUGCUGGUAACCUGAUUCCUCAAUAUGCAGCUUUCACAAUACCUAGAGUUGGCCAUCAAAGAAGUGGCUCCUUUCCUUGAAGACCAGAAAUAGAAACUCCGCUCUAAAACAAUUGAAACCCUAACUCAGUUGGCCACAAUCAAUCAGCCCUUGACUAAGCGAGUGUUUUAAUAACUUGGUAUUACUGAAGAUCUCUUUAAUCAAAUCGAUGUUAGUACAGCAUCUUCAAACAAAUCUGAUCUUCCACAAUUUCGAUUCAAAAAAGAACAAAGAGAUCCAAAGGAAUAAUAUGCAUAAUCUUUUCCUGAACCAAAACAUCAGUAAUAAUUUGAUAUACCCAUUUUUCAAUCAUAAUAACAAGGAUAUGUACCUACUAUUAUUUCCCAACCUUAAAAAUAAUAAAGAAGUGCUUAAAAAGCUGAAUCUCAUCCUCAAUCUUCCAGUAUUGAAUUCAGAUAAGCUCAAUAAGAAUAGGAAUAUAGUUAACCACCAGCUACUCAAUAAAGUAAACCAUUUAGAAUAGUUAAAAAUCCUUAAUAAGACAUUCCAGAUCAAGAUACUGGUCUUACUUAUACUAAACCUUUCUAAAGAAAACCAAAGGCUGAAGCUGAUAAAACAUUCCAACCAAUUUAUUUGGAUUCAGUUUAGCCUUUAGAUUAACCAGAAUCAGUUUUAAAAACCUUAUUGAAUGAAUUAAGAUAUGAUGAUUGGAAUAGAUAAUUUGAAGCUCUAAACAAUCUUAGAAGAUUGGCUAAACAUAAUACUGAAUUACUCAGAAAAUCAAACAAUUUUCCAUAAAUUUUAUAAGAAAUGGUGAAAUAAAUUGAAAAUUUAAGGAGUGGUGUUUCUAAAAAUGCUUUGAUUUCUCUAUAAGAACUUAGUGAUAUCUAUAAAAAAGACUUAGAUUGUGUAAUGGAUUAAGCAUUAUAAAAGUUAAUCAAAAAAGCAAUUGAUCUCAAUACAUUUAUAAGUGAAGAGGUUAGAAAAUCAACAAUCUCUUUAUUGUAAAAUUGUAGUGAAUAAAAAUCUAUCUCUCUUAUCACUUAAGUUUAUUAGAGUAAAUCAAUAGCUAUUAAAGUGAACAUAUGUUAUGCAUUAAAUAAUUUAUUAGAUCCAAAUAAAUAACAUUUUGAAAAAAUGCUUUAAAUUCUUUGUCUAUAUGCUUGUGAUCAAGGUUAAGAAGUAAGAUAAGUAGCUAAAGAAGGAUUACUUAGUUUAAUAAAUUAAAUGGAUAAAAGAGAAUUAGAAUCAUUAAUCAUAAAAUUGGCACCUGAUGGAGAAUGUAAACGUAUUAUGACUAUCAUAAAUGGUGAAUCUACAACAACUUCUGAAUUUAGAAAGUUUGGUGCUACUUAAACUAAAGAAGCUAGAACACCAGAAUUAAGAAAUAGAACUCCAAAUACUAAGAAGUUAUCAGCAGAUUUUGAAUAAAUGCCAAAUUAUAUGAAUUAAGCAGAAUUAGGAAAGGAUUGGAAAUAAAAAAAAGAAGCUAUUGAUUGGCUUUGUAAUUUUGCAAAAAAAGAAGCAUAAGCUUUGAAUGGUCAUAAAUACUCCAAUAAAUUUUUGGAUCUCUUAUGCAAAUUAAUAGAUGAUGGUAAUAAGAAUAUUGCUUUGUAUACAUGUGAAUAGUUCAUUCAAUUAGUUGAACCACUUAAAGUAUUUUAUUACUAUAAUAUAGCUUCCAAUCUAAAAUAAUUAUGUUAACAUAUGGAAUGGGGUCUUUAAAGUUGUCUCAUCGACGAAUAAUUAAGUAAGACAAUCGGCUGAAUCACUAUUUCAUGAACUUAUGAUACAUAUUGACAUUCAAUAUUCAUUACCUUAAAUCUAACAUCUCAUAUUGUAUGGUCCAGCCAAAUCUAAAGGCAUAGCCAUAACAAUGUUAGCAAGUACUUAUUAUUAAUAAUAUAAUAAGAUUUUGUAUAAUAAUUUUAUGAUGAGCGACCGUAAUUAGUAGUGAAGUAUCUUGUACCUUUGGCUAAGAAAUUGUAAGAAGAAUAGAAACCAGAUAUUAAAAUAGCAUCAUAGAAACUAUUUUAAGCAUUGGUUUCUACAUGUCCAAACGAUGUUGCUCAUUUGAAGUUAUUAAAAUGA